AUCCGGCUUAUGAAAACUCCCUCCACUUAGUGGUAUAAAAAGCCUGCAGGUCGGCUCACACAGGCAGAACCUCAGGACAACUGAUAACAAAGCAAACUAAGCAACACAGCUUCUCUUCAGCAUCUUCUUCAGAACUUUUUAAAAAUCAAAAUCAAAAUGGAGUCCAAGAACUGCAACAUGAGCCGUAUGUGGACCAAGAAGAUGUCCAAAGGAGUAAACUUGGAGAUUUUCCAACAACCCCCAUCCAUGAAGUGUGUCGCCAACCUGAUCAUCGCCAUGGAGAGGCUGAAGGGUGGCAUGUCAGCAGCAGUCCAGAGAACCGACUUCAGUGAUGAAAACCUGCUCAGCAUCCUUCUAGAGAGCGUUGUGGAAGAGACAUUCAUCAUUGAGAGGACCUCAGCUGGACCAGAUUCCUUCAGCAGAGGAGAAGAGCAUCCUUGCUCUGUGACCGACAGCCAGAAAAGAAGUUUGGUUCUGGUCCGGAACAACUUGGAGCUCCUCGCAGUGAUGCUGCAGGGAGGCAGCGACAGUCGCAAAGUUUACCUGAACAUGGCGACCUAUGUGCAUGUUAGACCGAACCCUGAAAUGGGUCAACCUGUCGUUCUGGGCAUCAGAUACACUGACUUCUACCUGUCAUGCCACGAAAACGGUGACAAACCAACCCUGCAUCUGGAGGAAGUGGAGGACAAAACAAGCCUCUCCGAGAUCAGCUCAGAGAGUGAAAUGAGGCGCUUCCUCUUCUACAAACAGGACACCGGGCUGAAUGUCAGCACUCUCAUGUCUGCCCUCUUCCCCGACUGGUUCAUCAGCACGGCGACAGAAAACAAAAAGCCUGUGGAAAUAUGCCAGAAGAACGCCGCUCGCCACAUAACCUUCAGCAUCCAGCGUCAGAUCUGAAACCACCUGGAGGAGGAAGCUCAUCUCCACAUCCAGAUAACGUUAGUCAGUGAGCUGAAAGCACUACCACACUCUGCUGGAAGGACGUGUGCAUUUUAAACUUAGAAUUUACUGUAUGUACCGAGUACAGGAAGUAAACCGCUUAGUGUAUUGAAAAUUUCUACACAAAGCACUGUCUAAGAAGCAUGUUGUGUAUUUAUAGUUGGCUUAUAAUUUAUGAGGCUGUUAUUGCUUUUUAAUAUUUAUUUAUAUAUUUAUGCAAAAUUAUUAAUAUUGUAUUUAUGAUCAGGAAAACUGCUUGUGCAAGGGGCCUUUUUUGACUCUGUGGUGGCAUCAACUUUAUUCUAUGGUGUAGUAUGUUGGUGUAGCAGCUUAUCUACAGCUGAGAGGAAGGUGCAGGUGUUGGGAGACAGAAGAACUCCAGGAAAAAUAACAUCUCGCUUGGACAAUGUAUCCCAUCCCAUGCCUGAUGCUGCCUCAGAAGUGGAAAGAUUCUUUAGUGACAGACUGCUGUAUCCUAGGUGCAAAGGAGCGAUAUCACAGAUCCUUCUUCCCAGCAUCUGUUAGACUUUACAACCAUCACUGCUUCCAACAAAUUCAGACUCAACAUGUUUACAUCUCUGCUAUUAUUUGCAAGGUUUUUUAAAUGUCUUUGGUUCGAAUUGCACUUCGACAUUUUCAAUUUUUUUUGCCAAAAAGUAUUAUUUGUAUGUAUAUCCCUCAUCAUUAAAGGCAUACUUAACCAUCAGAAAAAACACAUUUUCCCAUCUCAGGCAUUACUUUUUUCAUUAUAUUUGGUUGUUUUUUUCAAGAUGUGUUACUGUCAUUCUUCAACCCUGUUAUGGACACUAUUGAUAUUUUUGCAAUUCUAAAGCCUGAAUGCAUCUAUGCGUUAAAGCACUCAUUUAAUUUUUUAUCAAACAUUUUGUAUAACAGAAGAGUUGUGAUGAAAAUAAAUGGUCUGAUGAUAGACCUCAACAUUUUAGACAAAAGUCAACUAACACAAAAUUAUUAUUUUUUUACAUUUAUAAAAACAAUGUAUAAAAAUGUAGGUGGAACAGAGUUGAGACUAGGAUAACAGGGUUGAAGACAAAUACAGCUUUACAGAAGAAUAGUUGUUUUAUUCUUCAAUUCACUCUUUAGGAGUUGCUAUGAGCAUUGUAUUUUAUUAUGUAACCAUAACAAGGACAGCACAUGUAAUUUGCAGUUGAACUGAGUUUUAUUAACUUGAAUUAAAAACAACUACAACAAUA